AUGGGCUGCUGGAAGCAAGAGAAUAGCAGCAAUUGGAUUUUUCCCACCCUGCUCCUCUGCAUCUAUGGAUUCUUUUAUAUGAUGAAGCCUUCGGAGCCUUUUCUAACCCCUUACCUAACAGUAGACAAAAACCUGACCAUUGAUGAGGUGACAAAUAAGAUUUUCCCAGUCUGGACAUACUCCUACCUCGUGCUCCUUUUCCCAGUCUUCCUGAUCACUGACUACGUGCGCUACAAGCCCGUCAUCAUCCUGCAGGGCAUCAGCUUCCUCACCACGUGGCUCCUGCUCCUCUUUGCACGCGGCGUGGUGCCCAUGCAGCUCAUGGAGUUCUGCUACGGCCUGGUGACGGCCACCGAGGUCGCCUAUUACGCCUACAUCUACAGCGUCGUCAGCACCGAGCACUACCAGCGAGUGACCGGCUACUGCCGCAGCAUCACCCUCGUGGCGGCCACCGUUGCCGCGGUGCUGGGGCAGCUCCUCGUCUCCUUGGCCCACGUCUCCUACUUCUACCUCAACGCCAUCACUCUGGCUUCCCUGGCCUUGGCGUUUGCCUGCUCCCUUUUCCUCCCCAUGCCCCAGAAAAGUAUGUUCUUCCACAGGAAGGAAGCUGCAGACAACGGUCCCGCACCACACAGGGCGAGGGCGACGCUCGGCCCCCAGGAGCCUCGCGGCCACCGGGAGGACACAGAGCCUCCCUCCGAGGACACCACACCCAGGCACGAGCAGCCGCCUGGCUGGUCCCAGUCCCGGCCCCGCGCGCUCCGGGUGCUGGUGCAGCUCAGCAAGGACCUACGGGAGUGCUACAGCUCCAGGAAGCUCCUCUACUGGUCGCUGUGGUGGGCUCUGGCCACCGCCGGCUUUAACCAGGUCGUGAAUUACAUCCAAGUGCUGUGGGACUUCAGAGCCCCCUCGCACAGCGCUGCAGUCUAUAACGGAGCUGUCGAAGCCAUCGCAACUUUUUUGAGUGCAAUAACAUCUUUAGCAGUCGGAUACAUGAAAAUGAACUGGGACCUUUUUGGAGAACUGGCUUUAGGGAUCUUCUCUGCCAUGGAUGCUGGUUGCCUAUUCCUGAUGCACUUUACUGCCAACAUCUGGGAAUGCUAUGCCGGCUACCUCAUUUUCAAGGCAUGCUAUAUGCUCCUUAUAACAAUAGCAACGUUCCAGAUCGCCGUCAGUUUGAGCAUGGAGCGCUACGCACUGAUGUUCGGGUUCAACAACUUCCUCGCGCUGGUGCUUCAGACCAUCAUUACAGUAGUUGUAGUGGAUUCAAAAGGCCUGGGCCUGGACAUAGUGACUCAGUUUUUAAUUUACGGCAGCUACUUUGCAGUCAUAGCUGGGAUCUUCUUGCUCAGAAGCAUUUGCGUGCUCGUCUCAGUCAAAUGCAAAAGGAAAGUGCUGAGAUUUUGCAAGGCGCCUCCGAGCCUUGCCGAGCAGCGACCGCCGCGGGAGCCCGCAGCCGUCUGUGCCACGCGGCUGUGA